ACCAGUCGGAGCUCUGCCUGCAGGCUCCGGAGAAUCCCUAGGCUCCUGAAUUCAAUCCUCAGCCCUCCAGGGAUCCGAAGCAGGUGCCGGGGAGUUAGCUGACUAUGGGUCAAAGAGCCAGCAUUGGGGAUGGUUUGUCCAGUCAAUGGACAACUCUGAGGGAGAAGGGCCAGAAGAGGGUGGGGCCCUGGCCCUGAGCAUCCUGCAGGGCUCAGCGCGGGUCUGACGACACCCUCCCCUGACCCUCGCGGGGUCUCCUUCGGUAGCUUCUGCCCAGCGGGGGUCAAGUAGUGGGGUGCUCUUGAAACUGUCAUAGGGGGCAGGUCUAGGUCAGAUCUCCCCAAUGCCUCCACACCCCCACGUGGCCCUCCCGACUGGUCCCAUUGGUGUGGAGCACGGCCGGGUCCGGGUCUGGGCCGAGGGCGGAGGGCCAGUACGGCCCAGGGACGGCGAGCAGCGGGUCGGUGGGACGCGCAGCAGCUGCAGAACAGGCACCUCAACUUCCUCUCGGCUCCUCUCCUCUCGCGCCGCCCUCGGGACCCGCCCUCCUCUGCCUGGUGGCGCCGGGGAGGCUGUUUUUCCACUCACUGGCGCGCAGACUCCAUCCCACUGUUUUCUUCUCUCUUUUCUGGAGUUAGAUUAGUCUGAAGCCGCCACCAGCCCCAGGCCCCCGUGCAUAAGAAAAGCGGGAGGGAACGGCGGAGGCUGCCGCUGCCCUGCACCGCCCUCCUGGAGGCCACUUGGAGAGUCCGGCCCCGAGGAGGCCAUGGCCACAAGUGCCCACAGCUGGCCCCAGGAAACACCAGGCCAACCACAGCUGGGGAUAAAAUAGCACAACCACACCCUGCUGUCCAGCGCCUCCCAGCCUGUGCCCCUUCCUAGUACCACCAGCAAUCGUCAAUCCCGUCUCCUCUUGCCUCCUCUCCUGCAAUCCACCCCGCCACGACUAACGCCAUGGCAGCCCUGAUCGCAGAGAACUUCCGCUUCCUGUCACUUUUCUUCAAGAGCAAGGAUGUGAUGAUUUUCAACGGCCUGGUGGCACUAGGCACGGUGGGCAGCCAGGAGCUCUUCUCUGUGGUGGCCUUCCACUGCCCCUGCUCGCCGGCCCGGAACUACCUGUACGGGCUGGCGGCCAUCGGCGUGCCCGCCCUAGUGCUCUUCAUCAUUGGCAUCAUCCUCAACAACCACACCUGGAACCUCGUGGCCGAGUGCCAGCACCGGAGGACCAAGAACUGCUCCGCCGCCCCCACCUUCCUCCUUCUAAGCUCCAUCCUGGGCCGUGCGGCUGUGGCCCCCGUCACCUGGUCUGUCAUCUCCCUGCUGCGUGGUGAGGCUUAUGUCUGUGCUCUCAGUGAGUUCGUGGACCCUUCCUCACUCACGGCCAGGGAAGAGCACUUCCCAUCAGUCCACGCUACCGAAAUCCUGGCCAGGUUCCCCUGCAAGGAGAACCCUGACAACCUGUCAGACUUCCGGGAGGAGGUCAGCCGCAGGCUCAGGUAUGAGUCCCAGCUCUUUGGGUGGCUGCUCAUCGGCGUGGUGGCCAUCCUGGUGUUCCUGACCAAGUGCCUCAAGCAUUACUGCUCACCACUCAGCUACCGCCAGGAGGCCUACUGGGCGCAGUACCGCGCCAAUGAGGACCAGCUCUUCCAGCGCACGGCCGAGGUGCACUCUCGGGUGCUCGCUGCCAACAAUGUGCGCCGCUUCUUUGGCUUUGUGGCGCUCAACAAGGAUGAUGAGGAACUGGUUGCCAAAUUCCCAGUGGAAGGCACACAGCCACGGCCACAGUGGAAUGCCAUCACCGGCGUCUACCUGUACCGUGAGAACCAGGGCCUCCCACUCUACAGCCGCCUGCACAAGUGGGCCCAGGGUCUGGCAGGCAACGGCGCGGCCCCUGACAACGUGGAGAUGGCCCUGCUCGCCUCCUAAGGAGCUGCUUCCCAUGCUCUUUGUAAAUGGCACUACUUGGUCCCAAACUGAACCCCACUGCUUGCUCACAUCCAUAUCAGAAGAGGAUUUUUAAAAAACUGUAUCUUCUUGGCCAGGGGAAAGGACCACAAGGCAGUCUGGGGUGUGGAGAGACCCAGUAGACAAUGGAAGCCCCAGCCAGCAGGGCCAGGUGACACUGAAGCUUACCAGUGGGCUCCUUUAUGGUACUCUAUGCAGUUAACAUGUGUCUAGCUGCAUAGGGACACCCAGCGCAGCAGUGCACCACUGGGAAGUGGCCUCCAGUGCAGCCUCUGGCCUUAUUUUAUAUAUUUAAAUUUUUGAUAAAGUUUUUCUUACUAAAAGGA